CAUAUGACGUACCGGAUGACGCAUAACGAUUCGUAAUUUAUAUUUUCUUAUUUAAUUUCCUGAUUUUCAAACAUUCGUUUCUCGUUUGUAAAUCGUUGAACCGCAUUUACAAUAGUUUUAAAUCUAAGUAUAACUAUUUAAAAUCGUUGUACAGACAUUAUUUUGUAUAUUUGAAGUUUUAUUUGGUGGAAACUUCUAGAAAACUACAAUGACUGCACCGCCGAUCUACAAUCCUAUCAUACCCUGCGUACACCCGAUCCCUGGGGGCAUUUUUCCCGGUCGCAUGCUCCGGUUCCAGGGCAACACACCCCCUGGUGCUCAAAGGUUCGCCAUAAAUCUGCAGUGUGGCCCCAACACUGACCCUCGCGAUGACAUCGCCAUCCACCUCAACUUCCGGUUUGUGGAGAUGUGCGUGGUGAGGAACCACCUCACGGCCAUGGACUGGGGGGUGGAGGAGUUGGGCGGCGGGCUGCCGGUCGCCAGGGGUGACCAGUUCGAGGUUCUGUUGCUGUGCGAGCCGCAGUCGUUCAAGAUCGCUAUAAACGGCGUCCACUUCACGGAGUUCAUGCACCGCGUGCCGUUCUCCAGGAUCUCCCACCUGACGGUGGAUGGUGACGUGUCCGUACAGUUCAUAGGCUUCGAGGGUGCGCAGCCAGCACCACAGCAGAUGUACAUGGCGGACCCUCCCGCGUACGGGUCGUACGGCGCUCCACCGCCGGCGUACGGAGCCCCAGGCUACGGAGCACCGCAAGCCUACACUGCAGGAGCGCCAUAUGACACAAAUGCAACGUAUGUGACGCAACAAAGGAGAGGUCUCAGCACGGGCGCCGCUGUCGGGCUUGGUGUGGGGGCGUUGGCGGCCGGCGGUCUUGCUGGGUACGCACUCGGCGGCGGGUUCAGCAGUGACAGCCCGCCAAGAGAGGAGGUCAACGUAGUUGAAUUCUCAGAGAGCGCAGACUUUGGCGGUGAUGACUGGAUGGACUGAAACAGAAGACGCUACCUUCAUCACCAUAUUGUACUCAUCAUUGUCGCCAAGGACAUGUACUUUGUAUUCAUCAAUAAUAGCCAAGCUUGCUUUAUUCAGAACAAAAUACCAUUUCUAUGUAUGUACAAGUAAGUUAUCACAUAUUUUUUAGAAGCUCUAGACUUGUUUUUAAAUAAAUUAACUCCACAUGUUCAGUCUCGCCUCACUUAUA